AUGUAUAGUCAUAGCCACAAACAAACUCUACGUGAGAGCAAAUUUAAUAAAGAUGAUGAUUUUCUCAACAAGCUAUUGGAUCCAUUGAUCGAGCAUAUCAAUACACUCGAUAAUCGACUUAUGGAAUUAGAUGCUAGACAACUAUUCGCAAAUAUCGAAGAAAAACUCAAUAAAUGGCGUAGUGAUUGUCACAAGACAAUAGAUCUUUUUUUUAAACGAAAAUGUCAAGAAUUCUAUCAAAUUAUAGCCGAAAAAGUGAGCAAACAGAAAACAGAAAUGACUCGAUUACAGUUAAAUGUCAAUGAACUCAUUCGUCAGCAAAAAGUUUCUCUUGAAAAUAUUGAAGCAUUGAAAUCGGAUGUUCGCCAUCUUGAACAAGACAUGAAAGAGACGGAACAUAAUAAAUGCUUUCAAAUGGACAUUAAACCAUUAAUGAUAGACAACAAUUCUAUUCAUAUUACAGAAUCAAAAAUGCAACUAUUUAAUCUAUCAACUCUUUCGCAUCCGUUUGGUGGCAUCUAUCAUUAUUAUGGAAGCUGGAAACCUCUAGCCAGCAAUAAUAAACUUUUAUUAAAACAUCAAACGCCAAAUUUAUGUUUGUUCAAUCGAGAACUACGAUUAGUCAAAGAGGAUGUAUGGACUCAUGGUUUAAUUUGGGAUAUGUGCUGGUCAUCGACAUUAGCCCGUUUUGUGGUUCUUACUCUUAACAGCGUUUUUCUUGUCGAUGAAAAUACAAUGUCGAUUCAGCAAGUGGAAACAAUUAAAGGGCAACGUUGGUACUCUUGUACAUGUUCUGAUACAUCGCUAUUUUUAUCUACAGCAAAAGCAGGCUCUUCCAUCAGCGAGUUCAAAAUUUCCUCGUCGAUUCAGCUUGCCAAACAAUGGCAAUCUCCUGAGACAUGUACAAAAGACGAAUGGAUUUAUGACAUAGUUUAUUCGAAUGGAACACUAGCUCUGAUGAUUGGCGAACAAAAAAAUAAGAGAAAACGCAUGGAACUAAGAUCAUCAAUGACAUUCGAUCGAUUGUGGUUACUUCACCUCGAUAUUGUCGACCCUCAGAAUAGAUCGAUUCGUUGUUGUCUACUCAAUGAUGAAGAGUGGCUCGUCAUCGAUCGAAGUAAUUCGCGUCUUUUUCACGUUAUGAAGGAUGGAAAAGUCAAAGCAACAGUUUUAUACGAAUCGGAGCCUUGGCGUGCCUGUUUAUUUGGGUCGAAUACACUAGCCGUGUCGAGUGAGAACGGCGUCAAUUUUCACAAGCUAUAG